AUGCAAGCCAUCACUCUUCUUUUAGCAGCCAGCACGGCAACUGCUUAUACCAUCGUUGAAGCCGACCUUUUGAUGUAUAAGAACAUCGAUCCGGUAGUCAUGCCCGGACAAUACAAAAGUCAUCUCCAUACUUUCUUCGGCUCGGACAGCGUGACUGCGAAUACCACCACCUCUGCAGAAUUACAGAAAGGUUGUAUAACCGCUUACAACCCGAAUGACUUUUCCUCAUACUGGGUCCCAACCCUCUUCACAACAACCUCCAACACCUACACCCCCGUCCCCCUAAACCGCUUCUCAGCCUACUACGUCUCCAUCGAAAACGCCGAGAUAGCCAUCCCACAAAACUACAAAUCCGUCGUCGGCAACGCAGCCGCCACAUCCCAAGCCGCCGUCGAGCCCCUCGCCGGAAUCCAAUGGUUCUGCGAAGGCGACGCUACCGAGACCAAAGACCUCGCCGCCUUCCCAACAAAGACCUGCUCUACCCAUCUCCAAACCCUACUGCUCUUCCAUGACUGCGUCAACCCAACUACCUUGGAAUCUACGUACUCCGGCACGCAGCACUGGACAACCACAUUCAAGCCCGCGAACCGCUGUCCCGCAGGCAUGAAACGCAUGCCCCAACUCCGUUUCUCCAUCCGCUACGACCUGCGCAACGCCCUUCCUAACGGGUGGUCUGGCGCCGCGCCCCUCGCACUCGCCUGCGGCUCGUCGUAUUGCUCGCACGGCGAUUUCAUCAACGGGUGGUUACCCGAGGCGGCUGAGAACAUGCUGUUGGCGAACGACAAGCGGGAGUUUGCGGCUGUGACGGGGCCGAAUGGAGGGGAUGCUGAUGCUGCGGUGUGUAAGACGGCAAAGGAUAAGGAGCCGACGAAGGGGACGUCGGAUUAUCUUACUAGUGUGAAGAUGAUGGGGAAGAGGGCUUUGGGGAGGUUUGAUAGGAGGUUUGCGUAG